AUGAGGAAGGAGAGCCCACCAUCCUCCGUCCCCGUCGGCCCCGUCGCUAAACUAUUCGGCAGCUGCUUGGAGAGAAAGCCAUUGGUGCUCACAUUGCUUGCUCUCACCUUCGUCAUGCUCAUCUGGAACCUCCCUCCCUACUACCAAAGCCUCCUCUCCACCACCACCCGCUCCUCCUCCUCCACUGCAUUAACUGCCAAUGCAUCUCUGCGAGCUGUUUCUUCUUCUUCAAUUAACCCAGCAGUGACAGAGCAGAAGCUUUCCACCCCAAAACCCAACGACCCCAACAAGCGCGUCUUUCAGUCAUACGGUAACGCCGCCGCUCUCUUCGUCCAAAUGGGGGCCUACCGAGGCGGCCCCACCACAUUCGCCGUGGUUGGCCUCGCCUCCAAGCCCAUCCACGUCUACAGGCGCCCCUGGUUCAAGUGCGAGUGGAUCUCCUCCAACGGCUCCUCCGCCCGCGCCUUGGCCUACAUGAUGCUCCCCGAUUGGGGCUACGGCCGCGUCUACACCGUCGUCGUCGUCAAUUGCACCUUCCCCGUCAAUCCCAACCACGACAAUUCGGGCGGCAAGCUCAGCAUCAACGCCUACUACGGCGAAAAUCCCAGAAAGAUGGAGAAGUUCACGGCAUUGGAGGAAGCUCCGGGGGCUUACAACGAGUCCAAGUACCGCCCGCCUUACCAGUACGAGUAUUUGUAUUGCGGGUCGUCUCUGUACGGGGACCUGAGCGCGGCGAGGCUGAGGGAAUGGAUGGCAUAUCACGCGUGGUUCUUCGGAGAGAAGUCGCAUUUCGUGUUCCACGACGCGGGUGGGGUGUCGGAUGAGGCAAGGGCAGUACUGGAUCCGUGGGUGAGGGCCGGGAGGGUGACGAUGCAGGACAUCAGGGCUCAGGCGGAGUUCGACGGCUAUUACUACAACCAGUUCUUGGUGGUAAAUGACUGCCUCCAUAGGUACAGAUACGCUGCCAACUGGACUUUUUACUUCGAUGUGGAUGAGUACAUAUAUUUGCCCCAUGGCAACAGUUUGGAAUCUGUUCUCAGUGACUUCUCCGAUUAUACCCAAUUCACUAUUGAGCAGAAUCCAAUGUCCAGUGUGCUCUGCCUCAACGAUCCCACCCAAGAUUAUUCCAGGCAAUGGGGGUUCGAGAAGCUGCUAUUCAGGGACUCGAGAAGAGGGCUCCGUCGGGACAGAAAGUAUGCAAUUCAGGCAAAGAACGCCUUCUCGACGGGCGUACACAUGUCCGAGAAUGUGACUGGAAAAACGUUGCACGACACAGAGACUAAGAUCCGCUACUAUCACUACCAUAAUUCUAUAACCGUACAGGGUGAGGUCUGCAGGGAGUUGGUGCCAAUGUCGGCCAAGAAGAACGUCACAUGGUUCAAUAAGCUCCCUUACGUCUACGACGACAACAUGAAGAAGCUGGCAUCCACCAUCAAGCAAUUCGAGCUCAAAACCAUUGGCAAUGUACAGGAACAGCAGUUGCCUCAGCCUGAGCCUGCCCACAUGAACAAUAUUAAUACUCCAAGGACAACGCAUACAUAA